AUGUUUACUCCCGUCGAAACUACGAUUGGCGCUGUGCUGCUGCACAAAGCGACCAGCAACCUCCUCUAUCAGAAUGGCAACAUCUUGGGUCUCUCUGGCUUUCUGGGGCGGUUGGUGACUGCGCCAAGCGUGGAGAUACUGGCUUUCUUUACAGGCAUGGCAGCGAGUUAUCCGCUACUCAGCUCUCUGGUCCCAGAGGUGGUUACAAGAUAUCCUUCGAUGCCGAUCACGUUGCAGACUAUCUUGUUCACCACAAGUGUUGCAGCUCUGAUAGGCUGGAGUACUAAGGCAUCAAAUGGCUGCACAUCUGGACACAUGCUCUGUGGUCUCUCUAGACUCAGUGGACGUUCCACUGUAGCGACUGCGACCUUCUUCACCGUGGCAUUGAUCACACACCACCUUGUACAUCCCAGUCUCUACACCGAGGCGUGUCCCGGCGACGUACCAUGCUACACGCCUGUCUUUCCGUCUCCACCAACAACUUUAGCACUCGGACUUCUUACCAGCAGUGCCAUCCUCGCCGCUCAAACGAUACCGCACUUUAUCGCCGAAGCAACAUCAUCGCACGCUGCCAACACUAAGACCUCCUCGGACCCUCAAGAUGCAGCACGCACAGCAACACAAUUCUUCAGCGGCCUCCUCUUCGCCCUCGGUCUCCAAAUCUCCGGCAUGGCCCACCCCGCAAAAGUCACAUCCUUCCUCUCCUUCCCCGUCAUACACGCAUGGGACCCAUCUCUCGCCCUCGUGGUCCUUUUCGGCGUGCUUCCCAACAUUGUCUCCAUACAACGGAAAGGCUUCGCCAAGCCACCGGCUUUUGCGAAGAUGUUCGAGCUCCCGACUAAGACCAUCAAGGAUGUGGAUGUUAAGUUUGUGGCUGGUGCGGCGGCGUUUGGUGUGGGAUGGGGGCUUACAGGGACGUGUCCUGGGCCUGCGGUGCUGAGGGCUUUCGCGCAGCCGGUUUGGGGCGUGUUAUGGUUGGGUGGAUUUUGGGUGGGGAGACGAGUCGGCGGAGCAUGA